AUAGAACGUGGUCUUGACCAUGGUGUUGUCUGGAGUAAAAGUUAUUGACGGCCGUGACCACCUUCUCGGCCGUCUCUGUAGUAUUGUUGCGAAGGAGCUUCUUGCGGGACAAAAGAUUGUCAUCGUACGAUGCGAUGAAAUCUGCAUUUCGGGUUCCCUGGUUCGCAACCGCGUCAAGUAUGCCCAAUUCCGUCGCCUGCACAUGAACACUAACCCAGGCCGAGGUCCAUUUCAUUUCAAGAGCCCAGCCAUGAUGGUCUGGAGAACUGUCCGCGGUAUGGUACACCAGAAAUCGCCUCGUGGACAGGAAGCUUUAAAGCGUCUUUCAACAUUCGAGGGAAUUCCGGCCCCGUACGAUAAACAAAAGCGCGUGGUUGUUCCCGCCGCUCUCCGAGUGAUGCGAUUGAAGCCCGGCCGUCAGUUCACGGUGGUUGGUGAAUUGGCCGAUUCGGUGGGCUGGAAGCACAAGGAGCUCCUUGGACGUCUUGAAGGCAAGCGUAAGGCUGAAGCUAAGGACUUCUAUGAAAAGAAGAAGGAGAAGGCUGCUCUGCGCAAAAAGGCAGAAGCAGCGGCGGCUGGAGAGUUGGCCAAGGUUAACGAAGUUCUUGCCGCGUCUGGGUACUAGAUGUAUUCUUUACCUAGCGAAAGUCUUCUGUCAAAUGUUCUAUCGACAUACCUCUCAAUACCUAAAAACUAGUUGAAUUAGGAAUAAAGCC